CCACAAUCCUUUCCCCUCCAAGGGAUCAUCUUCCACCAAGAUACAGGAAAUUACGGUGUGAGAAAAUACACCCCCAUCGCUAGGCUGAAUGCUUCAGAGAGCUGGGAAUGGGAGUGGCAUCAAGGGCAAUUCCUGCUCUGGAUAGCUUCAUGUGCCGACAGGCGAUCUAGAUUGCUCCAGAUCAGAACAACUACAUCAACCUGACGCAUCUUGCGAAGACCCCCUUCCGCAUUUAAUCGUCUUGCUCCUCUCCCAUGCUCAAGUGCGAGUGCGCCUUGAGGCAAGGAUGAGGGUGAGGGUGAGGGAUCAUCGUGACUUCCGGUAAGUUAUAUCUGCGUUGCUGCUUCCUCCGCAAGUCUGCUACUAUGCACACAAGAUUUCUUACUCCUCUCGGCAUCGACUGCCCCCGAACCUCUGGAAUGGAAGGUACGAUUCCACGGUUCAUGAGCAAGCGUCCUUAUUCCUAUACUUGAAUUGGUGGAUUGCACUGGCAUCUGUUCGCGAACUCGGCCUUCAUUCAAGAUACAAACACCACCACCGCUGCAGCAACACAGGUUCAUCACCGACGAGAUGCCUGGUAGCGCUCUCCUCAAAAGCCCUCCACGAGGCAAACCGAGGCAGAUUGCAGAGGAGUCAAUCCCGGAAUCACCAGCAGCAGAGGCACUACGAGCUGCAGCUACCUCAUCAACCGACAACCUCCUCCCAACGAUCAUGACCCCGGGUCGUCUGGUAUUUCCACAGGAGCGUCCUGGUCCCAAUCCAACGGAUCCCGAUCGAUUAUUCCCACCGAGCCAACAGCGUACUCGUUCAGGCCGGUCCAUGCGAUCUGAACGAUCUGCGCGCAACCACAAUGGCCACAGAGUUACAACGGGAAUCCAGCCCGAGGGAGAGAGCGGCCGGACUGGAGUACAUCCAAUUCAGAUGUUGCCGAUUUGCUGGCGCUCCACCAGUGGUGCAUCACAACUUUGCAAUUUACUAUGGCCUGCCGUACCAGUAGCUAUCGGCAUUAGCUUCACACGAGCUGAUCUCCACUUGGCAAUCUUUGUUCUCAACUAUAUUGCCAUGAUUCCAUGUGCCAACAUGAUUGGCUUUGCAGGACAAGAAAUGGCAAGAAAGUUGCACAAGGUAUUUGGAGUCUUGGUAGAGACAACUCUUGGCUCAGUGGUUGAGAUUGUUAUGUUCAUGGUUUUGGUCAUCAAUGAGGAGUACCAAGUUAUCCAAGCUGCAAUUCUCGGAUCAGUCUUAGCCACCCAACUCCUCUGUUUGGGUAUGUGUUUCGUGAUUGGAGGCCUUCGCCACGAAGAGCAAGAAUUUGAUGAAGAGAUCGGUGAAAUUGGAAGCGAUCUGCUUUUGACAGCGUAAGAUCCCGAUCCCAAAGACACUAUAUGAUACUAAUAUUCUGCAGUGGGUUCGGUCUCAUUAUACCAACACUCUUUCACGCUGCUGUCACUUCUGAAGGUACAGCUACAACCGAAGAAAUUGCUGACAAGGUCCUUCGCAUUUCUCGAAUCACCUCCAUUCUCCUCGUCGUCUCCUACAUGAUUUACGUCUGGUUCCAAAUGCGUACCCACCAGAGCAUUUACGAUGCCAUCUUUGAAGCCGACGAAGCCAAAGAUGCUGACCGAGAUGAGGAUUUGAAGAAGGAUAAGCUUACGUUUUCAGAAUGCGUUGUGGCUCUUGUCAUUUCCAUCUCGCUGGUUACAGUAAUCGCCAUCAGGUUGGUUGAGGAGAUUGAGUACCUGGUAGAAGAACGUGGUGUUUCGGAUAGCUUUGUUGGCCUUAUCCUUGUUCCGCUGGUCGAAAAGUUUGCAGAGCAUUUGACCGCUAUCGAUGAAGCCUGGGACAAUCAAAUGAAUCUCGCUCUUGCCCAUGUAUUGGGAGCCACAAUCCAAACAUCCCUGUUCAAUGGACCACUGGUGGUUCUUGUUGGUUGGGGACUCAAUUUGCCAAUGGACUUGAAUCUUUCCGUCUUCAACAUGGUCGUUUUGAUUCUUGCCAUCCUGGUUGUGGGUAACUUCCUGCGCGAUCAAAAGUCCAAUUAUCUCGAAGGUUCUCUUUGUGUCAUUGUCUAUAUAAAUAUUGCUACUGCAGCGUUCUUCUACCCCAACCCGGCACCAGAAUCCGAGGGAAUCAACCAAAAAACGCUUCUGACAUCCAUGCUGGGAUAUUGAACGGUAAAGUCGCAAGAGGAAGACGAAUUUUGAGACACGGGCAUUGAUAAUUGGGGUUUUUUGGCAUUCAAAGCCGAAACGGUCAAUGGAACGCUUGCUGAAUCGGAUCAGAGAACGGAAUGGUAUGAAUGGGGAGAAGUCUCCAUCACAACCCCUCAUAUU